AAGGAAAUCUGAUGUGGAAAGGAAAAUAGAAAUAGUACAGUUUGCUAGCCGGACACGUCAACUCUUUGUGCGAUUACUAGCUUUAGUGAAAUGGGCUAAUAAUGCUGGCAAAGUGGAAAAAUGUGCGAUGAUCUCGAGCUUUUUAGACCAACAAGCCAUCUUGUUUGUGGACACUGCUGACCGCUUGGCCUCAUUAGCUAGAGACGCGCUGGUGCAUGCGCGCCUGCCUAGUUUUGCCAUCCCAUAUGCCAUUGAUGUAUUGACCACUGGGUCUUACCCACGGCUGCCAACCUGCAUUAGGGACAAAAUUAUUCCUCCAGACCCAAUUACCAAAACUGAGAAACAAGCCACCCUUCACCAGCUGAACCAGAUUCUUAGACAUCGGCUUGUAACCACCGAUCUUCCUCCUCAAUUAGCGAAUCUUACAGUUGCAAAUGGCCGGGUGAAGUUUCGAGUUGAAGGAGAAUUUGAAGCCACCUUGACUGUAAUGGGAGAUGAUCCUGAAGUUCCAUGGCGUCUGCUCAAGCUAGAAAUUCUAGUAGAGGAUAAGGAAACAGGAGAUGGACGAGCCUUGGUUCAUAGCAUGCAAAUCAACUUUAUCCAUCAGCUGGUACAAUCUAGGCUCUUUGCUGAUGAGAAACCUCUUCAGGACAUGUACAAUUGCCUGCAUUCUUUUUGCUUGUCACUUCAGUUAGAAGUGCUACAUUCCCAAACUCUGAUGUUAAUCCGGGAGCGGUGGGGAGACCUUGUGCAGGUGGAAAGGUAUCAUCCUGGGAAGUGCCUCUCCCUCUCCGUUUGGAAUCAACAGAUUCUUGGGAGAAAAACAGGGACGGCAUCUGUUCACAAAGUUACAAUUAAAAUCGAUGAGAAUGAUGGCUCGAAGCCUUUACAGAUUUUUCAUGACCCUCCUUUGCCAGCUUCUGAUUCCAAAUUAGUAGAAAAAGCCAUGAAGAUCGAUCACUUAUCAAUAGAAAAACUCCUGAUUGACAGCGUUCGUGCACGAGCGCAUCAGAAGCUCCAGGAACUGAAGACCAUUCUUAGAGGCUACAAUGCCAAUGAAAACUCUUCCAUAGAGACUGCACUUCCAGCUCUCGUUGUUCCCAUCUUGGAGCCCUGUGGUAAUUCGGAGUGUCUACACAUUUUUGUGGAUUUGCAUUCUGGAAUGUUCCAAUUGAUGCUUUAUGGACUUGAUCAGGCCACUUUGGAUGACAUGGAGAAGUCUGUGAAUGAUGAUAUGAAACGGAUUGUUCCUUGGGUUCAACAACUUAAGUUUUGGCUUGGACAACAGCGUUGCAAACAAUCUAUAAAACAUCUGCCUACAAUAAGCACUGAAACAUUGCAGCUGUCCAAUUACUCAACUCAUCCUAUUGGAAAACUUUCUAAGAAUAAGCUGUUCAUUAAACUCACUCGCCUUCCACAAUACUACAUUGUUGUAGAGAUGUUGGAGGUGCCCAAUAAACCCACACAGCUGUCAUACAAGUACUACUUCCUGUCUGUGAGCACUGCGGAGCGGGACGACGGCCCUGUCAUGGCACUCCUGCUGCAGCAGUUCAAGGACAACAUCCAGGAAUUGAUUUUACGGACAAAAACCGGGAAACAGCCUAGAACCGGUACCAAGCGCAAGUUGUCUGAUGAUACAUGUCCACUAGAACCUAAGAAAACCAAACGAUCAGGAGAAAUGUGUGCCUUCAAUAAAAUCCUAGCUCACUUUGUAGCUGUGUGUGAUACAAAUAUGCCCUUUGUAGGACUUCGGUUAGAGCUGUCCAAUCUGGAGAUUCCCCAUCAAGGAGUGCAAAUGGAAGGGGACGGCUUCAGCCAUGCAAUUCGCUUACUGAAAAUUCCUCCCUGUAAGGGUGUAAGUGAGGAAACCCAGAAGGCUCUGGACCGCUCUCUCCUCGAUUGCACUUUCCGAUUGCAAGGUAGAAAUAACCGCACGUGGGUGGCAGAGCUAGUGUUUGCAAAUUGUCCGCUUAAUGGCACUUCCACCAGGGAACAAGGACCAUCCCGGCAUGUUUAUCUAACAUAUGAAAACCUGUUGUCUGAACCCGUUGGUGGUAGGAAAGUGGUUGAAAUGUUCCUUAAUGACUGGAAUAGCAUUGCACGAUUAUAUGAGUGUGUGUUGGAAUUUGCACGUUCUCUACCAGACAUACCUGCUCAUCUAAAUAUUUUCUCAGAAGUUCGUGUUUAUAAUUACCGAAAACUUAUCUUGUGUUAUGGAACCACCAAAGGAAGCUCAAUUAGUAUCCAAUGGAAUUCGAUACAUCAGAAAUUCCACAUUUCUUUGGGAACUGUUGGUCCAAACUCAGGUUGCAGUAACUGUCACAAUACCAUUCUCCAUCAGCUUCAAGAAAUGUUCAACAAAACACCAAAUGUGGUUCAGUUACUACAGGUACUGUUUGAUACUCAGGCUCCGUUAAACGCCAUCAACAAACUCCCCACUGUGCCGAUGCUGGGCUUGACCCAGAGAACCAACACGGCCUACCAGUGCUUCUCCAUCCUGCCGCAGUCGUCCACCCACAUCAGGCUGGCCUUUAGGAACAUGUACUGCAUCGACAUAUACUGCCGGAGCCGCGGCGUGGUGGCCAUACGGGACGGUGCCUAUAGUCUUUUUGAUAAUAGCAAGUUAGUUGAAGGGUUUUAUCCUGCACCAGGACUCAAGACCUUCCUGAAUAUGUUUGUUGACAGCAAUCAGGAUGCUCGGAGAAGGUCUGUAAAUGAGGACGAUAAUCCCCCUUCUCCCAUAGGAGGAGAUAUGAUGGAUUCUCUUAUCUCCCAACUCCAGCCACCACCUCAGCAACAGCCAUUUCCCAAGCAGCCAGGAUCAUCGGGCGCUUACCCUCUUACUUCACCUCCUACAUCUUAUCACAACACUGUUAGUCCAUCUCCCUCUAUGAUGCACACACAGUCUCCAGGAAAUCUGCAUGCUGCCAGCUCCCCCAGUGGGGCUUUGAGAGCCCCGUCACCAGCGUCAUUUGUUCCAACUCCUCCCCCAUCCUCGCAUGGACUCUCUAUAGGACCAGGGGCCAGCUUUGCUAGUCCACAUGGAGCCCUGGACCCCAGUUCUCCGUAUACGAUGGUGUCACCAAGUGGACGAGCAGGGAACUGGCCAGGGUCUCCUCAAGUGUCUGGCCCCUCGCCAGCAACACGGUUACCUGGGAUGUCCCCAGCCAACCCAUCACUACACUCUCCAGUUCCAGACGCUUCUCAUUCCCCUCGAGCUGGAACAAGUUCUCAAACGAUGCCAACAAAUAUGCCCCCACCUCGCAAACUACCUCAGCGCUCCUGGGCAGCCUCCAUACCCACCAUCCUCACUCACAGUGCCUUGAACGUUUUACUGCUGCCCUCUCCGACGCCAGGCCUCGUGCCUGGCCUGGCUGGUAGUUACCUUUGUUCUCCGCUUGAAAGAUUCCUUGGAUCGGUCAUCAUGAGAAGACACCUUCAAAGAAUUAUCCAACAGGAAACGCUACAGCUGAUAAAUUCCAAUGAACCUGGGGUGAUCAUGUUUAAGACGGAUGCGCUGAAAUGCAGAGUAGCCCUUAGUCCCAAAACCAACCAAACACUUCAGCUGAAAGUGACACCUGAGAAUGCAGGGCAGUGGAAGCCUGACGAACUUCAAGUUUUAGAGAAAUUCUUUGAAACAAGAGUUGCCGGACCGCCAUUUAAAGCCAAUACAUUAAUAGCCUUCACCAAGCUAUUAGGAGCUCCUACACACAUCCUCAGGGACUGUGUGCAUAUUAUGAAACUGGAGCUGUUUCCUGACCAGGCAACACAGCUAAAGUGGAACGUUCAGUUUUGCCUGACGAUCCCUCCCAGCGCCCCGCCGAUUGCACCUCCUGGGACUCCUGCUGUGGUGCUGAAAUCCAAAAUGCUCUUUUUUCUUCAACUAACUCAGAAGACAUCGGUCCCUCCCCAAGAACCUGUUAGUAUAAUAGUUCCCAUCAUUUAUGACAUGGCUUCAGGUACAACCCAGCAGGCAGACAUUCCCAGGCAGCAGAACUCUUCUGUUGCUGCUCCCAUGAUGGUCAGCAACAUUCUGAAGAGGUUUGCAGAGAUGAACCCACCGCGACAAGGUGAAUGCACAAUAUUUGCAGCUGUUCGUGAUUUAAUGGCUAAUCUUACACUGCCCCCUGGUGGGCGUCCAUAGACACUAUUGUUUUUAAACCAGGAAGGCUGACAAAUGAGACAAAACAACAAAAAAAAGUCUGAAUUCAGCCUUCAGUUUAAAAAAGGAAAAGGACUUUUUUUUUUUUUUUUUUACUUUGAGCUAAAUAUUCGCAAAAAUUUUCAGGGUGCACUUCAUUCAUCAAACCAUCAAUCUUUUGUAUAGUGAACUUGUAAAGUGUGUUUAAAUGGGACACGUUUCAAAGUAGGUAAAUACAUCAGUGUCUCGCUUGCCAAUCUUAGACUUAAUAUUCUGUUUUAUACUAUAAAAUUACAGAAAUGCCAAACUUGUUUAUUUAAUUGUUUUUCUAUGUUUUGGGUGUAAUAGUCCUUUUUUGGUUUUUGUUUUGUUUUUAUAAGGCAGGUCUGUUGUUUUGAAUACUGUAAAACUGUGAUAAACUUUAUAUGAAGCUGUAUUUUAAUAUGACCACUUGAAUCCUUACAUGAAUAUGUUCUGGGAGUUGUUAUAAAAAAGAAAACAUCCCAAAGAAGCAAUAUUUAAUAAAACUAGAGGUUUAAAAAAACAAAACCAGUGACACUCACUUGUGUGUAUAUAUCAGCUCUAUAGACUUCGCAGGGCCUCCCUUCAUCUUUAACCUGGUGGGGCCAGUAACAAAUUUCUAAUAAUACGUGUCUAAAAUGUGACCAAAAACAUCUACUUCUUUGUUUCAAGUUUAUUUUCUUCAAGCAUUCCUACAUUGACUGGUGGUGAACACUUAGCCCCUUGACUGUCUUUCAGUUUAGGAUUCUGGUAAAAGCAAGAACCCAGUCUUUGAGAAGAGACAGUGAGUACUCCAUAUUAAUCAAGGCUCUCACAUACGGCAAUAUUCUGGUCUGUUGAGGAUGUGGUAACUUCUGUUAGGCAACUUUCUUUUACAGGAGACUUCUGCACACAGCAUUAAUUAGGAGACAGAAUUUGAAUGCUCUGCCUUUGCAUAAAAUUUCUGCGGGGGUUCCUUAUCUUGCUUAAUUUCCCCACCAAAGUUGGGGUUAUUCUAAACAAUCCUGUUUGAUUCAUUGUCUACAAAACGAUAAAAUGUUUUGCUUGGAAGAAACAUGGUCCAGUCUCCUCACUUUGAAGAACCUAAGAUCACAUCUCAGCAGUUUCCUUUGGGGGCACUGCGUUGUCUCUCCCAGUCAGUCAGGGACUUUGAUAAGCUUGAAAGAAUGUCGUCGGAAGCAAAGGUCUUCUGGUGACUUGAUGCUUUUGGGGGAAGUUUUAUGAAUGACAUCAUGCUGAGUUAUCUUGUCACUGUAAUGUUGGUUCUCCACGAAAUUGCAGAUGCCUUGUCUAAUUCCAUUUUAGAUGACUCAAUUGCGCUUCUGUAACUGUCAACUACCAAAUUCUAAUUUCAAGCAUCUCACUGCAGCUAUAGCAUAUCUGUCCUCAACUUGGCUUGAUUCUGUCUGUAUUCCUUUCUGGUCAGCGUUGAGGCCUUCUUUACCUUUCUUCUAUGUCUUACUCUGCCUUUAUCUCCUGCUUCUUGCCCAACUCUGCCACUAUUCAGGAGCAGGUGACUAAACUUUUACCCUUCCUUUAACUUACCUUUUAUCCUUCCAUUUCCAGUUCUCCUUGCGGUGGUCAUCACAUCUGUCUGUCAGUCUAACAUGUCUUUAUCAAGGGCCAGUCCUUUUCUGUUUGGAGCGGAAUCCUUUCUUUCAUGUAGAAAGCUACAUGUAUAUACAACAAAUGUAUUUUUAUCUACAGGAUAAUACUGCCUCAGAUAAUUUUAUGCCUCAAGUUAACUUUUUAGGUGUUUGCCCUUUUAAGUAUGAUUGGUUUUGAACUGUUAAUUGCAUUUUAAACAUGAUGCAUUCAGUAGACACUUUUUUCCUAAUUAUAACUCAUCUCUGAAUGCAUUGUGCAAAUCAAAAGGAAAAUAGGACUCAGUGAACAAAACUUGUAUUUUGAUGCUUAUUUAAGAGUACAUCGGUGAAUUUGAAUUUUGAUAUCAUACUUGGUACUUGGAAUUGGAAUAUACUUUAUUAAAGCUUGAAAACACUAGUAUUUGAAUUUUAGGAUUCAUCACAAA